AAGAAUUGUAGAUGUCAUUCUCAUGUGUUUUCAUUCGUUAUACUCGACGUAGUAGAUUGUCUCUAUUCUUGUAUCUAACCUCACUUUUAUUUUUUUAUAAAUAUUUGCACGCUUUUUAUUUUUAAACAAGAUCUGCAAUUGGCAUAAUCAGCAAUGAGUUCAAACCAAAAUAGUUCUAGCAAAAAACCAAGGUAAAACAAUUUUACUGGACUAACAGAAGUUUGCAAUUGAAAAUAACAUACACAAAACUACUCUUGGGGUCUACAUCCUUACCAUUUUUAUUUUAAAAUACAUUUUGCAUUACAUUACAUUCAAUCCAGUGGGAGGAUAUGUUUUAAGAGUGAGUGUGAUCAAGACCAGUGUUAACUCAGGGUCGGUAGGCUCCAGUGAGAUGUCACAAGCAUUGACAGAAAUUGAACUGUGUCCAGUUGAAAAUCAUUGUGCCGGCCCAUACCUGUGCUGAAUUACAGGUCUAGUUUAAUAUGUGUUCUUUCAAAAAUCAAAGAGACAAGAAAAAGAAAAAAGAGAAUGAGGUAGAAACUCCAAACUCGUCCAAAGCUGAGGCUGUGGUUGAAGAAAAAACAGAAAUAAAACAAGAUGGAUUUGCUCCACAACCCCAGAGGGCCAAUAGACGUCAGAGACCAAAUGAUCCAACAAAUAAGAACACAGCCAAUGCAACUCCUCGAGCUAAUACAACUCCUCCAAUUUACCAAGAAAAGAAAGAAAACAUUGUGGUUGAUCAUAGCAAUUUAAAAAGAGAAACUGAAGAGAUUUCAAAGCUGACAAAGAAAUUUACUAAGAGAGAAAUCACAAGUAACUGGCACCGCUAUUCAGCAACAGAAGACACGGCGGAGACUUGGCAUCAAGAAGAGGAUGCACCUGCUGACUUUUCAGAUUUACUUCAAGUUCCAGAGUCAAGAGGAGGUCAUCUACUGCUGAAGGAGGAGCAGGAGUGGUCAGCAGUUUCAGGCUCUGAGCUUGGGGGCUACUUUGCUCUGGACUUGAAGCUACUAGGUCAAAGUCUUGCAUGUCUUCCCUUGUACGAACAGCUCCGUCUACCAAAAAACUUGCUCACUGAAGAAGAAUUGAAGUGUUUAGACUCUCUUGCAGAACAGAGUAAGAAGUGUUGCAAUACAGAUAAAGUUGAAGAUCCAAAUACUAAAGAAUUCCAACUGUUGGUUAAUUCACUUCAAAGUGAAGAAAGUCUAGAGCAAAGACCUACUUGUAAAAUAAACACACGCUCAGAUGUUAAAGAUCCUUUCAAUAUUUUUAAUGUAGAAAAAACCAUAGCUUAUGAUGUCACUUUUGAGUCUGAAAAGUCUUUAAAUGCUCAAAUAUCAGCUAAAGAAUUCACAGAAAAUACCAAAUCAGAUACUGUAGGUAAUACACAAGAUUUGAAACAGAAUACUGUAGUCCUAGAAGAAACAUUUAAAAGCCCUGAAAUACUUGAAUUAAAUAAGGAUACAAAUCAGAUGAUAGGUAGAAGUAACUUUACAGUUUAUACAAAACCAGAAAAAAUAGAUUUUUGUGAAAAUCCUAUGAUAUCAAGUAUGCCUCCCAUACCCCCUGAAAAAAUAAAUAAUGAAGAAGGUUAUAAAAAACUAGACCAAAAUGUUUUUGAAAAAUCUUUAUCACCAGAGAUCAGGCUUGAAAAAUCACCAAGUAUUGAAAAACCAGACAAAUGUACACUGAAUGAAAUGGAUAAUGAAAACAUUCAUUUAAAUGAAAAUAUAAACAGCCAGCCAAAAGAAAGGCGCUCAAAAAAGACAACCACCAGAGAAAAAUCAGUCGAAACAUCAUCAAAUAAAAUUGCAGAGAAAUUGAAGGAUACUUUGGAAGAUGAUGAUGACUUAGAUUAUUUGUUGUCAUUGAAGAAACCAGAAAUUCCACAAACUAAGAAAGAGAUUAAACCAGUUGCCAUUAAAGAUACGUCUUUUCUACCCGGAGGGACUGCUGUAUCUGAAUCUGCAACUCAAGAAAAACACUCAGAGCUUGAUGACUGGCUUGACUCAGUGCUAGAAGAUUAAAAUUAUAAAUAAGUACAUCAAUUUUUCAUUCAACAGCCUAUAUCACACUAACAAAAUCUUUAAAACAUUAAUAUUUUAGAAAAAUAAUAUUUAUUAGCAUAAAAAAGUCUUCAUAUUUUACGUAUUAACACAAAACUGAAUUAAGUAUUUCAUAUUUACAAAAAUUAAUAAUAUUUUCAGCAAAAGACUCUAGUAAAAUUAGGUCAAAUACUCUAUUUGUUAUUUUUAAUUAAAACCAAAAUUUUUUUUAUUUAUAAAAGUUUUAUGAUACUCAAGUUUUAAAACCAUGUUAAAUGUUUAAUUAAUUAUUCAUUUUUAUAACUCCAACCAAAGUUUAAUGUUUUACAGCCUUUUAGAGUAGUUAAUUUGUUUGAACUGUGCUUAACUGUAAGUUUGAGAUAAAGAUCGAUUUUGAUUUAUACAGCUAAAUAACUCCUAAAACAUGUUAUAUACAUGAUAAUAAAAACUAUAAUCAAAUAAUUCUAGAAAAUUUGUCAUAAAAUUAUGUUUAAGUAUACAACUUAUAUCAUCAGCACACUAAGAUGCACUAAUCUUUAUGUGAUGAUAUUCCAGUUGUAAGAAAGUACAUGUUUCUAAGUAUUUAUCAUCUGUCUAUUAGAUUUUUGUAAAUCACGUUUAUUGUAAAUUGUGUUUGAAAGCUUUAUGUGUUUGCUCAUGGUAUGUUAAAUUUUAAAGCUGUUUAGGUGUAAAGUAACUGAUGAUUUGUGCAUAGAAUUCAAAAGCAUCUAAUACGCAUGUACCUACCAGUGUUUCACUGCGCUUAACUGAUCAGUUUCUAUUCGCUGAUUUUAAAACUUUUAUGUUCAUUUAAUUAAACUGUAGUUUAGUGGUUAUAAACAACAAUGUUUGGAUUGUCCCCAUUAAAAAUAACCAAUCACUGCAUAUACAAUUUAUUUGUAUUUACAGAAAUGAGUUUCCAGGGUUGAUACCCUCAGGGUAAUCUGGAAAUUCUCAGGGAGUUUUGCUAACUCUCAAAAACUCAAAAAAACAGGGAAUUUUAAAAUUUGUUCUAGAAUUUUUUAUUUUUAUUUUCACUGAUCUUUUUGUUUUCCUUUUGUUGUAAAGGUCAAGUUUAAUGGUAGAAAGUUUUGAAAAUAAAAUUUUGCUUGCAGUUCUGUAUUUAUGUACAUGCAUCACCACGAGUCUGGUGCGUAUUUGCGCAGAGCUGUUAAAAAGAUAACUACUGACCGAAUUAAUGAAUUAUCGGUUAAAAAAGGAACUUUACUUGAAGAAAACAUUUUUUAAAUUAAAACACAAAAAAAGGAAAUUCUUCUAGAAGAAAUAUAUAUCUUCUUCAUAAUUUGUUACUUUUGUAAGUGCCACUCAUAUGGUUUCAUAUUUGUAAACUUUAUGGUUUAAAGUUAAUUUUUACUAUCAUGGCUUAAAGUACCAGUAAAAGUUGUUUGUUUUUAUCAAAUUAUAUUACUCUCAUUCUUUGAUAUCACUUGAAAUUUUUGGAGUUUGGUCUAGAACACCUGGAAAUUACCAAAAAUUUAAUUCCAGAAAAUUUGUAGCAUCCCUGGUUUUGUUUCAAGCAUGUAUUAGUUUAUUUACUCAUCUCCUAACAGUUAAUGGGAAAUGGGAUGUUAAUCAAUUCUGCUUUAGUUAAAACUAAGGGAAUUAUUAAACAAUUUUAAUUUUUUUACAUAAAUAAAAUUAAAAUAUAAAAUUUAUCAUGUGAUUUGGAUUAAUAACAACUUAAAUAGUGCUAAUUUUAAUUGCUGAAAUGUUCAGCUAGCUUGUGAUAUGUUAAUAGAACAUAGAUUGUUUUACUUGCUUGCGUAUUUUUACAAAUUUAUUCCUAGUGCUUUAAAAAUACAUCCUCAAAUAAGUUUUUUUAUAAUCAUAGAUAGUCAACUUAUUUUUAUUUGUAAUACUAAGUUAAUUAAUUGUUAAUAAUCAAGAAUAACUUAUUCUUUCAGAAUUCUUUGCAUCUACCAAUAUUGAUUGUAUUAAGGUAGCUUAUUGAUGUUUAUAUACAUGUAACUCAUUUGUAUAACUUGAUAGCUUUUUAGUCUGUAAAUAAUCAGUUAGUUAACUAAAUAAAAAAUAUUUAUAUUAACCUACCUCUUAAACUGGCCACCUUUCAACCAACCACUGGCUUUCCCCGACCGGUCUAUGUUUUGAAAAGAUUGUUAUCCUUUAACCAGUCAAUUUUCAAUAAGACAUUGUUUUAACUGAUUGUGAUUGGCCUGAAAUUGUUGGUAGUAAUGUUUCAGCUAAACUCUAUGAAUCAUAUGGACCUGUUUCAACAUGAUGCUUUUCCUUUAUUCCUGUACAGCCUUUAAUUUUUCUAGUCUGCCUAGAUGUUUGUGGUAUGUUUAUGUUCACCAUUUAUAUACACACAGGAAUACUUUUUGUUUUAUUGCUUGUACAUAUAUAUACGAGAUAUAUAAAUGUAUCAUUUAUGAAACUGUAAUAUAAUGAGUUUUAGAGCAUAUUGGUUUAUCCAGUCAGCUGGCCUGAGGUAGCGAGAUAAGAGGGAGUUACUGUAUGUUACUUGAAUUGUGUUUAUUUGAUCAAUAUUGUAUCUAUUAUAUAUUAAGAAAAUAUUUAUAUUUAUUAGUGAAAUAAUAUUGAUUAUGAUUAUUUUUAUACAUUCUUAAAUCGUUAUCUUUUCCUCAUGUUUAAAUGUUAUGGAAAUUUAGAUCUGAUUUUAGUUAAAAAAUAGUAUUGUAGUGCACUACUAAGUAAAAAUGUAUGUACACACUAUCCAAAUCCAAGAACAAUGUAUUCAACGUUUAAAGCUAAAUUAUAAACCUGAAAUUUGAAAGUUUUCAUAGUUACCUAUAAAGAUAAAUUAUUGUAAUUCAAAUUCAAAAUAUUAUAACUUGCGUUCUAUUUAUUUUUAUAGUCAAAUAAUGUGUAGAUAUGGUGUUUUAUUGUAAACUGGACACCCUUUGAAGCACUGUCACAACCUCAACAGAAGAUACAUUAUGUACAUUAAACACAUGGAUCGCUUAUACAGCGAAGAACGGUGUAACUGCAAGUGCAUGCCAUGUUUGUCCAAUAGAAAAGCAGUACUUACUACAGAAUAAGAAUGCUGUAACUGUGAUGUAGGUACAGUGUUACUAGUGUGGAUGCAGCACAUAUGGCACUUUCAUGUUGAAAUACAUUCGUUUUUUGAGUACAUACCACAUACUCUUUUUUAAAUAUCAUGGGAACCAUUGAAGACAUAGUUAUUUUGGGCUCACCCUUUGAAAGAGCAUUAAAAUUAUCCAUAGUGCACAUAUAACUCGAAAUAUGACAUUUUUCUACAUACAUUGGUUUUUCUUAAUAGGGCAGUAUUUAUUGUUCAUUAAUUUUUUAAAUCAACAACUAUUUAUGAAGAGAGUUAUUUAAUAUAAUCAUUUUAUGACUUUUAGGUAACAAUCAUAAUGUUGAAUGCAAAAUAAAUACAAAACUAUGCAGUAUUUUUACUGGGAGUGUAAAUGCGAAUUGUUGUGUAUACAUAUAUUUAAUUUGUAAAUAAAUUAAAUUCUUUUUA